AUGGGCUAUGCUUCUAAGGACGUCGGCGACAAGUCUCCUCUGCUUCCUCGCCAUGAGAUGACACACCCUAGUACUCUGAAAUCACAGGAUGGGCGCGACAAAUUUCCCGAACAGCUUCGCGGCAAACGCAUCCUCCUCGCCACCGAAUCUCUGGGGCCCGUCAAUGGCGUCAGCCGCACGACACGCAGUCUCAUCGAAUACCUGCGUGCAAACGGGGCCAAUGUUGCAGUCGUCGCGCCAAAGAUCGAUGAGAAACGCUUCAACCUUGGUCGACUGGCAUAUGCGAAUGUUCGUCUGCAUGGCCAGCCUCUGCCCUACAAUCCAGAUUUGACCGUUGUCCAUCCAUUCCGCUAUGACCGCCUCUGCACCCGCACAUUCAAACCAGAUCUCGUGUAUCUGGCCAGUCCAGCUUCCGUUGGUUUCCAAUUUCUUCUCCAAAUUCGACAAUUGCAGGAGCCUCCUGCCGUGGUCUGCAACUUUCAGACCGACCUGUCCGCUUAUAGCGAGAUCAUCUUUCCUCCUGGCAUGGACAAAUUCGCGGUUUGGCUGCUGGGUUUGGUCCAAGGCUUCCUCUUCAGCCACCGAUCAGUAUACACCAUUUUCUAUCCCUGUUCGGACAUUCGCAAAUAUCUCGAGAAGGUCGGAGCGCCAGCUAACAGGCUUGCUUUGCUUGGUCGCGGUGUAGACACAACCUUAUUCCACCCGUCACAUCGUGAUGAGGAGUAUCGCAAGCGACUUGCGCCGAACGGAGAGAUCAUCUUGACCUGUAUCUGCAGGCUUGCUCCCGAAAAGGGAUUCCAGUUUCUCGCGCAGGUUGCGGAGAAGCUAGCAGAAGCCGGUCUGGCUUUCAAGCUUUUGAUCGUUGGUGGCAACCGCAACCCCGCUGUUGAACAGGAGGUCCAGAGCUAUUUCAGAAACGUCAGGGAUCGGACGAUCUUCGCCGGCUUCCUCGGCGGCGUUGACCUCGCGCGAGCUUACGCCGCGGCCGAUUUGUUUCUGCACUGUUCCAUCACCGAGACCUUCGGGCUUGUGGUCCUUGAAGCAAUGGCCAGUGGCAUGCCUGUUGUCGCACGCGACCAAGGCGGGCCAUCUGAAAUUAUCAGAAAUGGCCAGACGGGUUAUCUGGUUCCGCCACAGGACGUCGAAAUGUUUGUGGAGCGAACGCUGCUGCUUUGCCGAGACCAGCAACUCCGCUCGCAGCUCGCAGCUGCUGCGAUACAGCAAGCAAACGAUACGACGUGGGACAAGAUCAACCAGCGUGUGGCCUGGAAUUUGGCGGAUGGUAUUGAGUGGAAUGCAUCACAGAUCGCGGCAAGAAGAGACCGGAGACCUAUCCGCAACUGGCUGUAUGCGCGAUAUUAUCAUCUGAAGCUGGUGUUAUUCUUGCCGUUGUUGCAGCUAUUCAACCUGCACGCUGCGAUUGGCAUCGUCUGCUUCUUUUGGCUGAUUGCGGUCCUGCCAUUGAUGAUUCAUGGUAAUAGUACGUUUCCUGUCAGCUGGAAAGCGCUCAAGAUGGUGCGUGACUGGUUCGGGCCUCUCCAGGCUCCUUUGCUGAGACGGUAG